AUGGCAGACGCUAAGAAAGCGGUUUUGGGGCCGUUGGUCGGGGCAGUGGACCAAGGUACCAGCUCAACACGUUUUUUGGUUUUCAAUGCCAAAACGGCUGAAGUACUUAAUUAUCAUCAAGUGCAAAUAACACCGGAGUACCCAAAAGAAGGAUGGGUAGAGCAAAACCCAAAGGAAAUCCUGCAGUCAGUGUAUGACUGCAUAGAAAAAACAUGUGAGAAACUUGGACAGCAGAGCAUUGACAUUUCCAACAUAAAAGCUAUCGGUGUCACCAACCAGCGGGAAACUACUGUAGUCUGGGACAAGUUAACUGGAGAACCUCUCUACAACGCUGUGGUGUGGCUUGACCUAAGGACCCAGUCUACUGUGGAGAGUCUCAACAAAAGCAUUUCAGUAAGCAAUAACUUUGUUAAGACCAAGACAGGCCUUCCAAUCAGCACUUACUUCAGCGCAGUGAAACUUCACUGGCUCAUUGACAAUGUGAGGAAAGUGCAAAAGGCUAUUGAGGAUGGCAGAGCUCUUUUUGGGACAGUUGACUCGUGGCUUAUCUGGUGUCUGACUGGAGGCAUCAACGGAGGUGUCCACUGUACGGAUGUAAGUAACGCCAGCAGGACCAUGCUUUUCAAUAUCCAUUCUUUGCAGUGGGAUGAAGAGCUCUGCAAUUUUUUUGGAAUUCCAAUGACCAUCCUUCCUAGAAUCCGGAGUUCUUCUGAGAUCUAUGGCCUAAUGAAAACUGGCCCGUUGGAAGGUGUGCCAAUAUCUGGAUGUCUUGGGGACCAGUCUGCUGCUUUGGUGGGACAACUGUGCUUUCAGGAUGGACAAGCCAAAAAUACAUUCGGGACAGGUUGUUUCUUACUGUGUAACACAGGCCAAAAGUGUGUAAGUUCUGAACAUGGCCUUUUGACCACAGUGGCGUACAAGCUUGGCAGAGAGGAGCCUGUCUGUUAUGCCCUGGAAGGUUCCGUAGCUAUAGCUGGUGCUGUUGUUAGCUGGCUAAAAGACAAUCUUCAAAUUAUCAAGUCUUCGGCGGAAAUUGAAACACUUGCUGAAAAAGUAGGCAGUUCCUACGGCUGCUACUUUGUUCCAGCAUUUUCAGGGUUAUAUGCACCUUACUGGGACCCCAGUGCAAGGGGGAUCAUCUGCGGACUCACCCAGUUCACCAACAAAUGCCACAUUGCGUAUGCUGCUUUAGAGGCCGUUUGUUUCCAAACCCGAGAGAUUUUAGACGCCAUGAAUAGCGACUGUGGAAUCCCACUGAAACAUUUGCAGGUAGACGGAGGAAUGACCGCCAACAAAAUCCUUAUGCAGCUGCAAGCAGACAUUCUGUGCAUUCCGGUGAUGAAACCUUCCAUGCCGGAAACAACUGCCCUGGGAGCCGCCAUGGCAGCGGGAGCAGCAGAAGGGGUUAGGGUGUGGAGUCUGAAACCUGAGGAUUUAUCCGUUGUCCAGAUGGAGAAGUUCGAACCUAAGAUCAACGCUGAGGAAAGUGAAGUUCGUUACUCCACAUGGAAGAAGGCUGUAAUGAAGUCAAUGGGCUGGAUCACCACUCAGACCCCUGAAAGUGGCGACCCUAGUAUCUUCGGCAGUCUGACCCUGGGCUUUUACGUAGUGAGUAGCAUGGUGAUAUUAAUUGGAGCAAGGUACAUCUGA